AUGUCAUCUGAAUCAAGUAGCGAUCUUGAAGAGCUAGGCGUCAAUUUGAAAGAGUUUGCUAGAAAAAGACAAUCCCGAUUAGGGAUUAUGAGGACAGGCACCAACCAUCCAGGGCCUGUAUCCCAUGUUGGUGACAUCCCAAAUGAGCUGGAAUACGAUACUUUACUCCGCUGUGCAAUGAUGGUUCUGAAAAAAGGGAAAGAGAUAGGAGAGUCUGCAAGAAUCAAGCUCCCUCUGGAUGUCAAGAGAGAGGCGCGAAAGACAUCUGUCAAUAUUUCUGAGGUGUCUGAGAUUCUGAACAGGCCUGUAGACCAUCUUGUGAGUUUCCUAUGUAACGAGCUAAUGACAACAGGGUCUGUAAACAAGGAUGGUAAGCUUCUUCUUAAAGGAAUGUUCAUAAGGUCAGAAAUUCAAGAAGUUCUUAGGAGAUAUAUCGAGCAUUUUGUUGUAUGUAAGAUAUGUGAAAGCGUUGAGGAUACUGAUAUUGUAAGAGACAAGAGACUUUACUUCUUGAAAUGUUCUAAGUGUGGAGGUGCAAGGUGUGUAGGAAAUGCUGUGGAGGGAUUAACUACUAAAGGAAAAGCAAAGCCUCAACUUAGAGGGAUGUUAUAA